UCGCCAAGGACAGGACUUGGGAGUUAGAACAUUCCGGACUACGCCGUUACAGUCGGAAUUACCUUGGCCAAUAUACAAACGCUAAGGAAUCCAGCCAACGUCUUCCGCCCUGGAUCCAGAGCGUAGCUCCCCUUGCGGAGAGCAGUACUCCACCGCCACAAUGACCAACGACCAGGGUCUCUUCACCAAGAUAAAGGAGAGCAGCCUGUCCAUCAGCCUGACGGCGGCGCUCAUCCUGGUGGCGUCCAUCGUGGUGAUCAUCUCCAGCAUCACCAUUCAGUCGGCGUACAUGUGGCUGGCGGUGGGCGCGACGGCCGUGCUCUUCCUGGGCUUCUGCAGCUGCACCACGUGCGAGAAGACGUCGCACUUCCACUUCCGGCGCGGCAGCAUCCACUCCGACUCCGUCAGCACCAUCUCCGACGGACGCGACAACUUCUAUGAGGUGGGCCACCUCCAGAACACGCCGCC